AUGGAAAAAGUUUUAACUGACGGGUCAUGGGUGGCCUCAAUAAGUGCUAUUGAAGUGAAUAUAACGAGUGAAUAUAAACCAGACCUCGGAUGGAAGGUGAUGUGUAACUGGCAAACACUGGACAACGACACAUUACAGUCUGUCAGAUUAUAUAACAAUGGACAACAGUUUAUGAUUUAUAGACCCGAGAAACAUGGACAUUCACGUAAUGAGAUAUUCAACACACCCGAGAAGAAAAUAAGCGUUAAUUGCGCUUUAACAAAAGACCGAGGGCAGGAAGGUUUUUGUAAUCUGUUGUUAGAGCCGUAUCAACCACCUACAAGUAACUUUAUUUAUUCUUGCGAAGUCUCUGGUGAGAGACCAAUGUUCCGUAUCGGCAGGAAAGAUGUCUCUGUCAAGAUUCUUGUACCACCUUCGAACGCAGAGAUUGUAACCGAUGAAAUCCGUGAGCAUCAUGAAUUACCUAGUCGCGUGAUGUUGAACUGUUCUUCCACGGGACUACCGGCGCCAAAUUUGGAAUGGACAGUUAAUAAUGAUAAGCAGAUGUUGGAGCGUUUAGUUGCCCCACAGGUAACAAAAGUAAAAAUAAUGGAUAUAUUCUUACCGAACUUCGAUCCUGAUGGCAGCAUUGACAUUAGUGAAUGGUGUCAGGACAUCAGCACAGCGAUGAACCAUUACGAGUUGAAAGAUUAUGAAGUUCGGAUGAAAGUUAUGUCUCUUCUAUAA